UUAAGACUAAAUUCAUGUGAAAACCAAAGGUAGUGAAUUAGUGAAGGUCGGUAGUUUAGUUUAUAGAAAUAUGGGACUAUUAACUAUUGGUGUCAUAGCAUUCGUGAUUUCACUACCCUUGGAAGCUUCGCGUAUCUCGCAAAAUAACGUUGUACUCGCCAUACCAGUCUCUUGGAGAAAAUAUUUCGGAAAGCCUAGUUCACAUUUCAAGUACAAUUAUGUGCCGAGGAGUGAAUACUAUGAACCGAAAGUGUCAGAAGAACCGGACAACUAUAUAGAACGACUUAUUAGAGAAGCUCUUCAAGCUCCACGUAACAUAGAGAGAGAUAGAAGAUCCACUUCAAGAAUGGACAUCGACACGGACUACUAUUUGUUAAUUGAUAAUGAUCAUUGAAACAACAUAAGCACAAAGGUGAAAUAAUUUAAAAAUCUUAAAAAAAUUAUAUUUAGAAAAUAAAUUUAUUUUAAAACUUUUAAA